AUGAAGCAACCAAAGAGUUAUGGUACGACAUUGAAAUUACUGGUCCUCGUUGUUGUAUGUUGUACCAUUAGUAUCAACCUCAUUCCUAUCCAUGCAAAUCCUAUUUCCUCAAUUGAAUUCAACCAAGCAGUGGAUGCAGCCAUGUACGAUGUCGUUUCCUCUUCCACUUUUCAACAAUAUGUUACCAAUGUCAUUGGUUUUCUAGUGGUUCCCAUUUGUCCUACCAAAGUGGAAUAUCCUUCUCGAUGGCCAGUUUCAUCAUCCAUAAGUGAAUUGAAAAUGUGUUACGAUGGUUCUUCAUAUAUUCCUCAACCAUGGCCUCAAAUUUAUCAUGAAGUUGGAAAUCGAUUGAUGGAUGCUCUCAACAAACAUUAUCAAAUGACAAUGAAAGCAAAAUUCGUUCCAUUGGUCAUGAAUGAAUCAUUGGGUUAUUUUGAGAAUAUGAAAUUUGCCGUUGAGAGUGGACAAUGUGAUGUUGCAGUUGCUGAUACGACGUAUACUGAGGAGAGAGCAACCAAAGUCAAAUUCAGUGCUUGUCCUUAUGGUGUAACCAUGAAUGCCUUUCUGAGAACGGAUUUGGACAAUACCACUCUCACUGGAAUCAAUGAAUUGAAACAUUUGAAUCAUUCAGGCAUUAAUGUCACUUACUAUGAAGGAAGUGUGUUUGAAACUAUUGCUCAAGAGAAUUUGCAAGCUGCUACGAAAUUCCCAACCAAUUAUGACAAUCAAUAUACUCUGAUUCGACAACGGAAAGUUCAUGCCGUGAUUGGCGAUGCUUUGGAUCAGGUAACAUGGCUUGAGAAUAAUAAGAAGGAAUGUGUGGGAUGUUAUAUUCGAACUUUUGGAUUGGGAGGAAAGUUUGGAGUGUUUACAGAAGCUACAAAUCGAACGAGUGGUUCAAAUUCGUUUCAUCAAAGAUUUCCAAAGUGUAAUGGGCUUCAGUUUCUUUCAGUAAUGAUCUUGUUGAUGUAUGUGUUUGUACAAGCCUUUGAAAUAUUGUAA